GGGGCGGCCAUGGCGGCGGCGGCGGCGGCGGCAGAACCGGCGGAAGCGGCGGGGGAGGCGGCGGCGGAAGCGGAGCGGCGCGUGCGGGGCUGGGCGGCGGGGCUGGCGGCGCGCGGGCGGCGCGUGGCGCUGGUGACGUCCGGGGGGACGCAGGUGCCGCUGGAGGCGCGCGCCGUGCGCGUCCUGGAGAACUUCAGCUCCGGGCGGCGCGGGGCGGGCUCGGCCGAGCGGCUGGUGGCGGCGGGGUACGGGGUCUGCUUCCUGCACCGCGCCCGCUCCGCCUUCCCCUGGGCCCGCGCCCUGCCCCCCAGCGGGCCCGCCCUCCUCGACGCCCUCCGCCCCCUCCCCGGGCCGCCCCCCGCCGUGGUGGCCGAGCCCGCCGCCCUGCCCGCCCUCCUGCCCGCCCUCCGCGCCUACCGCCGCGCCACCCGCGACGGGCUGCUGCUCGCCCUCGAGUUCACCGGGCUCGGCGAGUACCUGGCCCUGCUGCGGGCGGCGGCCCGAGCCCUGGCGCCCCUCGGUACCGGCACGGGGGGGGGGGGAGCCCCGGAGGGAGGUGCCAGGAGGUGA